UAUAGAGUAAAAUACUAAUUAUUUUAAAUAAUAAAUAAAUAAAUAAACAACAAAUAACUUUAUGAUGUUAAAGAUAAAUAUUUUCAUUCCGUGACGUCCAAUAAAUUGCCCAAGAUUGUGAUAAUUUCUUUCAGCGCUUAGGAUUUAAAUAUGGCUGAAGACUCAGGAGGCAGCACGGUUGGUUCUUGUUCGGAUGAAACUUCAGACAUUACCAGCCCGUUUGUUGAAAUAGAUUUUCAAGAUAUUGAAUUCUAUGAAAGAUGUGGUGGUGGUGCAUUUGGUUGUGUUUACAGAGCUCUUUGGAAAUCGCAGAAUAAAAUUGUAGCCGUAAAAAAACUCUUGGUUUUAGAAAAAGAAGCACAAGUUUUGAGUCUCCUCAGUCACAAAAAUAUUAUUAAGUUUUUUGGAGCCGUGACAAUAUCUCCUAACUAUUGUAUAAUAACAGAAUAUUCAGAAAAUGGAUCAUUGUUUGCUUUUCUUGGUGAACAAGAAAACAAUUCAAUGUUAAAUUUUGAGCAGAUUCUAUGUUGGAGCUGUGAAAUAGCUGCUGGCAUGCAUUAUUUACAUGAAGAAGCACCUGUAAAAGUUAUUCAUCGUGAUUUGAAAUCAAAAAAUGUUGUGAUAAGUGCUGAUUAUGUAUGUAAGAUUUGUGAUUUUGGUGCUUCCCGCUUUAUUGAUAGCACAACUAAGAUGUCUGUUGCAGGCACAUUGCCAUGGAUGGCACCAGAGGUCAUUCAGUGCCUUCCUGUUUCUGAAAGUUGUGAUGUUUGGUCAUAUGGUGUUGUUUUAUGGGAACUCCUCACACAUGAAGUGCCUUUUAAAGGAAUCGAAGGUUUUCAAGUUGCUUGGGCAGUCGUUGAAAAAGAAGAGAGAUUAACUAUUCCGAAAUGCUGUCCUCCAAGAUUUGCAGAAUUAAUGACAGCUUGCUGGAGAACUGAUCCAAAGGAAAGGCCUUCUUUUUCUGAAAUAUUGAAAGUUUUAUUCUGUAUGCAAAAUGAUGAUGCUUUCUGUGAUGAACUGUCUGUAUAUCUCAGCCAAAAGAGUGUCUGGAGAAAAGAAAUUGAAGCAACUUUGGAGCUUAUGAAAAAAGCAGAACAUGAUUUAAAUCAAAAACAAAAACACCUUGAAGAAUGGGAAUUGAGAUUACUUGAGAAAGAAAAAAAGCUAGAAAGAAAAAAGAAAUAUAUGCAAUUAUAUGAAUUGGAUAUUAAUACUUGGACAUCAGAGGAUGUGUGUCUGUGGAUAAAACAGUUAGGCUUAGAAACUGAUUCUAAAGACCUUGAUCAAUAUGCAGAUUUGUUUCUAGAACAGCAAAUUAAUGGAAGACGUCUUAUAUUAAUGACCUCUGAAGACUUGAAAGAUAUUGGUGUAUCAACUGUCGGCCAUAGAAUACAUUUAAUGGACGAAAUAAGUAAAUUGAAGAAUCAUAAUAAAAGGAUGCUCCACUUUCCACCUUUAGAACAGACGACAGUUCAGCGAAGUUCGUCUUCCAAUUCCAUUCGACCCAAUGCUGUCAGAUUGACCAUCUUAUUCGGAAACCACGUCCGCCUUGGCUCUAAACCUCAAGACCACAAAUGGAAGAUGUACGUAGAAGUAGAUGAAGGUGACAGCCCUUUAACUACUGUAGCUUGUAUUAAAGAAGUUAGCUUUGAAUGUGGUCAUGCUGGUUUGCCUUUGUCCAGAAUCACUCAGCCUCCUUUUGUUAUGGAUCGAUGGUGUGUUGGAAUACAACCUGAUACUGUUGUUUCUUGCAUUGUAACAUAUGAGUCCAUUGUUAAAAAGCCCAGAUUUACGCAACAUUUUCAUCAAGUUGUGGCUGAAGGAAGUACUUCUCUUCAAAAGGAAGUUGUUUUAAUGCUUCGAGGUCCCCCACAAAAUAGUAAACGACAUCAUCGUGCGCAACAAUGCAGAAGUGCUCCCAUUUUGCCUGAUGCUUGGCAAAAUCGUUUCCACCCAGAUUCCUUCUCCUUGCCUACAGGGAAAAAAGAAAGAGGAACAUGGGCAAGAGUUGUGGCUGGUGAAACUACCAUACCGCCCAUGCAAAAAUCAAAGUUUGCACACUUUGGAGAUUCAGGUUCGAGCAGCGAAGGUGAAAGUAUAUUUGAAAGCAUGAAAAGUAUUGGACGCCAGUUGCUGGAAGAUGCUCAACCUAGGUCUAGGCUUAAAAAAGUGUCUUUCACUCUGCAUGAAUCAAGCUCAUCAGAAUCUAUAGGCAGUGACUCCACUCAGUUUACAAAGAAGAUUUUUCAGGAAAGGCGCUGCAGCACGCCGACAUGCCGUCCCCGUUUCAAAUACCGCCAUUCGGCUAGCGAUUCUGGAUUCCCGAUGGGUAAUGACAUAAAAACUAGACUGGACAAUGAUGCCCGUUUCGUCAAGUUCCGGGAAUGUCGUUUUCGACUUCAAAGUGAAGUGGACCGGUUUAUGUCAGGUAAAAAAGAGGAUACUUCCUUUGAAUCCGUUACCAGAAAGGCAAAAGAGGCUUUUGAAGAGCCUGUAGUGGAAGAUUCUUUCGGGGAUUUCCCCCUUCACUUCCGUAGACAUCACAAAGGGAUUUCUGGGCGUGGCAGGGGCCAUAUUUUUCAUACUGAUAAGGGAGAACCCCAAUUAAGAGCUUGGAGUUUAGAUAGAAAUGCACUGUGAUUAUCUUAUUAGUUUUUCAAUUGACUGAAUUUUUCAUGCAUACACUAUGUUACGAUAAUAGACUGGGCAGAAAGCUUUUAUAGGAAAAAGAAAUUGUGGGAUGUUCUUCCACACAAAACUGGUUUAUAUGAGCAUAUUUUCAACACUCUUUGAUGCAAAGCUUUAAAUACUUUUACCCAUUCCCAAAUCAUGAACUUGGUAAGUUAAAUUCUAGAUUUUUGACACGGUUCCCUGUUUCUUAUGUGACUAUCUAAUAUAAAGCAAAAAAUGUGAAUAAAGUACAAAAAUGUUACAAUAGUUUUGUUCUAUAAACAAGAACCUUCCCAGUGUUUAGUCGCUGAAUGGUGUUUUUUAAUUGAUCAAUGAUCAACUUUUUUCAGUAGUGGUCUAAAUUGGUCAGAAUGCCAUUUGGUGAAGAUUCUUGUUUAUAGAACUCAAACUAUCAUAUGUUUAUUUUUGUUCUUUAUUUGUGCUUUAUUCUAGUUGUUUCCUUCCAUGUGCAUAGUACAAAGUAUACCCUAUCCUUUUUUUUUAACUAUUUAAUUUUUUGCAUAAAUAAUCAAUGAGUUAUAUGUUAGGAGUCUCGAAAGACUAUGAAAAAGGAUAUGCAUCUUUUAUUUGUACCAUUACUUGACGAGUGCUGAAAUGUGAGAUAGGUUUUUGUCACUAAGCUUCUGUUCAAUCAAUUAUUGUAAAAUAUUGUAUAUACAACCUGUCGUUUUUAAUUUAACAUUGGGUUUAUUGCGUCCAUUAUUAGUGUGAGGUUAAAUAUUGCAUGUAUGGAAUUCACAGAUUCUUUUGUACAGUAUAUUCGACCUGUCACUUUUAAUUUAACACUGCGUUCAUUACGUCCAUUAUUAGAGUGAGAUUAAAUAUUGCAUGUUUGAAAUUUGCAGAUUCUUUUGUUCAGUAUUACUUGAGAAAAUUGAGAAUUUUUUUUUAAUAUGUUAAGUUAGGAGACAAUUUUAUUAACAUUAGGCGGUAGAAUUGUUGUAUAAGCUAAUGGUGGUACAAAAUUCUAGUUCCAAUAUCGGAAAACGUUGUUGUUUUAGUAUUUGAAAUUGCUGAUUAAUAUCCUGUAAUAUUUCUUUUUAUUACAAAUUAUUGUUUUUUAAACUUGCAACAGGAAAACAAAAUUUGUAGGCUUAUACAAAAAAAAGUGCUGAUCAAAAUAUGUAAACUAAAUCUACAUCACAAGUUUGCAGCUAAUCAAAUACAAUCAACUAGCUAAAAAUAAAUUCAUAUUUUUCUGUGUACAAGAAAAUACUUCCUAGACUUGGUACACAUACUUGGUGGUACUUUGAGUAAUAGGAAUUUGUAUCUUCCCAUUGUUAUAGCAUAUUAGGAUUCAGCUGAUAUUAUUUUCAUGGUAGAACUGAUAAUUCAACAAGUAUUUUUUUUAUAAACCAAAAUGCAAUGUAUUUAUUUUUUGCUUGUCUAUUCUCUUAAAAGUGUACACUUACAAAUUAAAUAUAUAUAAAUCUACAGGAAAUAGUAAAUUAAAACAUUUCUAUUAAGUGUACAUUAUUGUAUUUUUAAAGAAUAAGUGAAAAUUCAUUAUUGCUUAAAGAGUGGUGGCUGCCUCCUCAGCAAUGCCUCUGGCAAUAUUAAAGGUGCAAAAAAUAAAUAAUAUGUAAUCGUGUUGGAAAAACAGUCAUUUCUAGCAAUAUGAACUGUAAUUUUAUUGUUAUUUUGUCAUUUGCACUUGCUAUGCCUGCUCACUUUUUUAUUUAGAUAAUGUGUUUUUAUGAAUAAAAAAAGUCUUUCUGAUUCUAAGUAUACAAUCUAAUGAAAUAAAGUUAAAAUUAGAUUUCGCCUUUUUUUCUUCUUUCUUUCAUCUGUUCUUACGUGCAUAACAAAAACUUUCUUAAUUAUGAUAACACAAAAAAUAUGAUUUUACAUACAUAAGUUUUUUUUUUCAGUGUAAUUUAAGAUAAAUGAGUCAUUGAGUUAAAAUACCUGCUAACUGUGUUUUUAGAGGUAAAAAGGAGUUUAAUAGAUCAUAGAAAUCAUGUUUUUCUUUAACUGCAAUAUGAACAUAUUAGCUGAGUGUUUCUAUUUUUUGAAAAGAAAUCAUAGUUUAUGCACUUUAUGAAAUCAGAGCUUUUAAGAUGAAACAUCAAGAUGAUUUUAUUUCUAAGGACUGUUUUUUAAGAUGAAAUGUUAUUACAUUUUCAUCUUAAAAGCAGUUGCAGGCUUUGUAUCUGGGCUACUCAACUAGUUAUUGAUAUUAUAUUUUAACUCUCUGUUCUACAUUAUUUAUUAUUUUAUCAUAAUGUGGGUUAUAAAUUAAAAUUUAUUAUGCAUUUUUUUGUUGUUAUAUUUGUGUGACGAAUCCAUCUGCUAGUCAAAAUUUAUCUGAAUUAAGUUUGAAAUCAAAUCUUUGUGUCUACAUAUGAUUGUUAUUUGUUGAUUUUUCUUAAUUUGUUUAUAGCUUUCGAGAGUUUCAUUGUAUAUAUCUUUACGUAAUAAUAAUCUGUUCUGAAAUAUAGUUAUUUAUUUUCAAUUCAAUUUUGCCUAACUGAUUUGAAAAUUCAAAUGCUGCUUUGCGCCAUGCUUCAGGGAUAAAAACAUAAAAUUUUUCUGUUAUUAUUUAAAAUAUUUUUUUUAAAUUUUAAGCAAAAUAAUACGGAUGGAUAAAAUGUGUUCAAAGUUUAUUUAAUAUAGACUAAUGCUUCCACCUUAGAUGAAAUAGGAAAAGGUUGCAGAUUAAUGUCAGAACAUACCGAUGGAUGUGUAAAAUUUACUGCAUUUAAAGUAAAAUAAUCUUUUUAAGUUAAUACAGUGUGCAUAGCGUUUUUAAAAAGUGCUUAUAUUCGCUUUUUAAAAGCCCUUAAAGGUGCUUUUUUCAUUGAGUGUUUUUAAAAAAAGUGCUUAAUUUUCCCUCUUUGAAAAUGAAAUUUUUCCUUUACUAUGUUGAUUUUUGCUUCGAAUUAUGCAAAAAGACACAGCUCACAUUGUUCUAUUCAACGUUUUCACAAUUAGCUCAUCCCAAUUUAUUUCGGCGCAUUGUCAGUCUGUAGCGUAUAAAAACACCAUUUGUUAUACAUGAUUCAAAAUUUCAUGAUUUUUGACAAUUGUCAAAAACAAGGCCAAAAGAUUUUUUUUUGGACAUGACAGUUAAAACAAGAUAAAACAGUCAAUUUUCAAAAACUUUCCAACCCUGCCUAAUUAUGAUAUUUUUUUAAAGUGCUUAAAAAUAUCUUUUGAGUGCUUAAAAGGUGCUUAUUUUUCGUUGAAUAAUUUGGCUACGCACCCUGUAAUACUGCUGAAAAAUUUCACUUUUAAUUUUUUAAUGGUUGAUCAAGUCUGUCUAUUGUUUUAACUAUUUUAUUACUGAUACACUUUUAGGCUAUUGGCGACUGUCUUAGUUUUAAUAGUACCAUAAAAGUGGCCAAAAUAUUUUUAAUAGUGAUCAGAAUUAAACCUAUAAAUACAGAUAAUUUUACCAGCAUUUACUUAUUAUUUAAAAACAAGGAAUAAAUUUAUUUAAAAAUGGAAUCUGAAUGAAAAGGCAGUUUUUUUAUAAGGGAUGUUAGCUUACUUUUAGCAACAAAAAAAAAAUGCAGAGAGAGCGCAUUUAUUGGAAUCAAAAGGCGAGCAGGGUGGGUCGCCUUCAAAAAGCGCUAAGGGAGAACACUGUAGUAAUUAUUUCAAUUUUCAAAAUAAGAAUUGUAUUACAACUGGUAUAAAAAAUUUUGAGUUGAAAUGUUUGGUAAUGUAGUUACAUUAUAUGUUUUAUCUUGAGCAAUGAAAGCAAAUGGCAUUUUUUUAAAAAUUUGAAGUAAUGUGUUUUAUACCAGUUUUGUCUUUUACAAAAUAAAAAUUUAUUUUGAUUAUCAUUAAAAAUAAUUGUUUUUGUUCUGAAUCACUUAAAAAGAUUAAAGAAUAUUUAAAUGUCAUAAAAAAAUCAAUAUAAGACCUAAGGUAAAAAUAGCAGUUUGUAAAAAAAGUGCUUUCAACUGAUUAUGAUACUAAGCAUCUUAAUUUGUGAAUGAUUAAAAUUAAUUUUAAUGUGUUUUAAAGUUCAAAUUUAUAAUUUAAUUAAAAAAAACUAAUUCAAUUUUUAAUUUGUUAUAAUCUAAUAACAUUUCAUAUCUAAAUCACAAUUAACUGCUAUAUGCUUACAAAAAAUCAAAUGCUCUUUUACAUUUAUUAUUAAAGAACAAUCUUUAAAAAAAAUUCUACCACUUAUACCUAUGUUUCUAUUUUUACUGCAUUAUUUGUCUUUAUAAUGUUGCAAUGCUUGUGCCUUAUGCUGAUAAAAUGCAAUAUAUACAUGUAACAAACUAUUUGUAUUUUAUAAUAUGUGACUUAAUAGAUAAUAGUAUUUAUUAUGAAAA